UAUCAAAGCAGGCGCCGAUUUGCAUCUGAAAAUUACAAUGGAUCGUAAAAAAAAGAGUUCAAACACUGAAACCUCUUCAGUUAUUUCGUCAGGAGUUAUUCCUAUUGCUAGUCUGCCAACACCGGAAUUGAAUAAGAAGCAGAGGACAUCUGAGUCCGCUUGCUAUGCCCUGGGUGCGUGGAACAUUUUCAGACUUUCAGUCUUCUUAGCUUGCACAGCCAUUCUGUUCUACCAAGCGAAUGAAUUCCGCAAGCGGUUCUACACCUACCCCACCAGCGUCAACAUUGGGAAAACUUCGUUUUCUAAACGAGGAUCCUUUCCUUUACCCGCUGUCACAGUUUGCUUCGAAAACAUCGCUUCAAGCAAGUUGUGCAAACUUUAUCCCCAUUUGUGCGGAAGAUCAGAACAAUAUUCCCAUUCUUGUCCUAAUGAAGUUCAUUACUGUGAUGUUCCAAUACGAGGAUUUCAUAAAGAUUCUUCGGGCGACGUUGAAGAAAUUAUGAUUAAUUUAAUUUCUAAUGAAAGCAAUACUGUGUAUUUCUUGAAUCAGCAUAAUAAAAGCCACUUCAAAGAAUCUUUCACAGAACUGGAUCGCAAUAGAUUUGUAACAUGUUUCUCGAAAAAUUUACAUUUAUACGACGGUGAAGAGGGGACCUUUGCUGAUAAUUAUGGCGUGAAAGAAGAUCCGUCUCCAGAUUACCUGUUUGCACUCCACUUAAAAAUUCUUCCGUGGGAGCUGACCAUUGAUCCCUGGCACGCACCACGAAUAUUCUUUGCCCUCCACAGUCCCUUCGAACCCGUCAACCCAGUCCAUGACGGCGUGACAUUGAGCGUAGAAUCCGACUACUUCAUGCAAAUAACACGUUUGGAAGAAGAUCAUCUCUUACCAUAUCCUUAUCGAACAAAUUGCUUAGACUACGAGGCAUUAUGGAAAGAGAACAACAGAACUGGACCUCGCUCCCAAAAAAUUUGCUUCGAGCAGUGCAGGGCGAAAUUUUUCAAAGAAUGCGCUGGAUGUGAAUCUGGGAUGACUAUGUAUGAAACUCUUACAAGCUACUGCAGAAAUUUCACUGCUCGAAAAUGCUUCGAUCAAGACAAAAAAGAGCAAUUUCGUAGGAGAAUGGGAAGCUGUAAUCUAAAAUGCAAACCGGACUGCUUGAAACUCAAAUAUUAUUACAAAACUGAAAAGUUUGACCAGAAUCGUGGAAGUGAACAUCGAGAUUCAGAAGAAGGACAGAAAAUGGAUAUCAUUUUUACUAUAGACAAUCCGGAUAUCAUUAUACUGUCUCAUACUCCGAUGUUUGGUAAAGAAGAACUGUUCAGUUACAUCGGAGGUUUGAUGGGCUGUUGGAUGGGAAUUUCAGUUUGGUCCUUCACCGGCAUUAUCGGUAAAAGAUGCCAGAGAAUUCCACGUCUGGAGAGAAAGCUCAGAAAAGCAACAAAUCAAUCACCUUCGUUCAUCAGAGGUGCGAUUUCGUUCAUCAGAGCAGCGAUCAUCAGUGCUAUAUGGCCUAUGGAUUCUUUGUAAUUGCUAUUCUAUCACUAUGUGCACUUUGACUUCACUGACUGAAAUUUAAAUAUUGAAACAGUUCUUAUUAUCCAGAAGGUUAAAUACAAAGUCAAUGUACAAGGUGAUCAAAAUUAAAACACCUCUAUUCUGAGCUCCCCAUACAGCGAACUACUCAGUGUAAAGGCUCCAAAAUUGGUGAACAUACUAUUCAAGACAUUGGGAGAAGGAUUGCGCGAAAAAAAUUAUUUCCAGAAACAUAGAUAGACGACGUAAUGCAACAAAAGAAAUAGGUUGAAAAGAAUCAAAAUACACAUUUGUAACACAUUUUAUUCGGACUUAUCAAACAUUCCAUCACAAGAACCUUAUCGAUGCUUACCAGUUUGUUUAACUGCGGAUUCUAAUUCGUCGAUGGAGAUGCUUCUCACAUAUAGAAUGAUUACUGUCUUUCAGAUCUGGCAAGGUUACCAGACAUAGAGAGUGCAGAGUACGGGUGCUUUUAUUUUGAUUACCUUGUAUAAUAUAAAAUGCCUGUAAAUUUAUAAGCACAAUUUUUACUUCUACUGUUUUUGUGAUUUUUCAAUUACUUGCUUUAGGAAUAAUAAAUUAGAAUUCUCUG